CAGUCUGUGUGUGAGCCGUCAUGAGGACACUGUUGUUGCUGGGGGCGACGGCCUUGUGUCUCUGCGCGUUUGUUGCUGCUGACAAACAACCAGACCGACAGGCAAACAAAUCAUCCCCAGAGAAGGAUGGAGUUUUACAGCUGAAGAAAGGAAAUUUCAACCGGGCACUGAGAAAACAUAAGCAGCUGCUGGUGCACUUCUAUGCUCCUCUGUCUGGAGAAGGUCAUCGAGUCUCGGCAGCGUUCGAAGGGGCUGCUGCGGAGCUUCAGGGGUCAGAGGUCAAACUGGCAGUGGUUGAUGUAACACAGGAGAAGGACCUCGUUAAAGAGCUCAAUGCGACAGGCCUCCCCGCGAUCAGGCUGUACCUUUCUGGAGACAAACACAACCCUGUACCCUGUCCCGUUCCUCAGAACUCGGCCUCCAUUUUGACCUGGCUGAAGAGGAGGGCGGGGUCUGCUGCUGACCUCAUCGCUGAUCUUAGCCAAUCAGAGGCCUCAGAGGAACUGACAGUAGUUGGAUUCUUCAAGGAGCUGGACCACGAGUACGUCCAGGUGUUCUACGCUGCGGCGAUCGACCUUCCUGAUGUUAGCUUUGUUGUGACACAGGACAAUGAAGUUAUCAACAAAUAUGGUCUCACACAUGAUGUUGUACUGCUGCUCAAAAAGUCUAAGCUCAUCCAGGCUUAUAAAAUGAUGCCUCAGACAUCCAAAGAGGAGCUGAUCAUUUUUAUCACCGUCUACCAGAUGGACCCAGUCACUGAGUACACUGGACAGACAGCCACUCAGAUAUUAACAUCACCUGUGUUAAACCAUGCACUCCUGUUUGUCAACAAAAGCUCUGCUGACUUUAAAGAGAUCUACUCCGCCUUUAACAGCGCUGCAGAAGCGUUCAGGUUGAGGGUAUUGUUUGUGUGGGUGAACGUGGAUGAGCCUCGUAAUGGCAGGUUGAUGGAGUACUUCCGGGUUCGGGAUUUCGAGGCUCCUCUCAUCCGACUGGUCAACCUGACAGACCAUGUGACCUAUCACCUACCCUCUGACACUCUGGAUGUAGACACCAUAAAACAGUUCUGCCAAUCCUACCUGCAGGGCCAAGCUAAGCCUAAGCUGCAGAGUGAGCCGAUACCUGAAGGAUGGGACAAACAGCCGGUGAAGGAGCUGGUGGGAAUGACUCUGGAGAAAGUCGUCUUUAACCCCAACAAGACUGUUUUUGUCCUGUUCUACCUUCCCUACAGUCAGGAGUCCCGCGCUAUGUUUCCACUGUGGGAGGAGUUAGCUGAGGCCUUGAAGGAGCGAGAGGACGUGGUCGUCGCUCGCAUCGAUGCCUCAGCCAAUGACAUCAACAUGUCAAUGCAGGGCGCCUACCCAUCACUAUGCCUGUUCCCUGCUCUGUACGCUGAAAGAGUGGUGGUUUACCCGGGUAAAAGGAAGUUAAAGGACCUGAUCAAGUUUCUAGAUAAAGAGAUGGAGAAAGCCAAAAAAGACAGAGUUAAGGAGGAUGAAGACAGGAGGAAGUACAUUGAGGCCGCAAAAGCUGAGGAGGCAAAAAAAGCCAACAAAACCAAAGACGAGCUUUAAUCCAAAAACAAAGGAGAGUACAGUGUGUUUGUGUUUGUGUGUGUGUGUGAGAGAGAGAGAUACCUUUUAGUCAGUCCACUCUAAACAAGGAUCUGGUUUUAUCAACUCAGCCAAGCUGUC